AUGGCUGGGCAAGAGUCAAAGAAAAAUAAAUAUAAUUUGUGGGAUGCAUUAAACGUUACAUUUAACGUUCAGAGAUUCUUUUGCACUUUCCCGCUGAGCAGGCAAGGGAAUCAAAUUGUUCCCUCACCAUUCGCAACAUGCUAUUCCAUCGUUUCGAUGAUCGUUUACAUUAAUGUGUUAACAUUAGCAGUUUAUGUGCUAAGAACUGAACAGACAACGAAAAAUGUUCAACCGGUGGAAUCCGAAAAACGUCUGUCCAACAGCUACUUGAUGAUUUUGAUCGUGAUUUUUGAAUUGGUUUUCAAUAAUGUUGCAAUUUUGGUCAUCGUUCUGUUUUCGCAUAUCAAACAAAAUAGUCAAAUUCGAUUCUUACAAAAAUUGUACGACAUUGAUCUGGUGAUAAUGGAUGAGCUUAAAAUGGACAUCAACUACCAGCGCUUGAGAGGGAUGUGCUAUUCGGCAUACAUCGCAAUUUUCAUUUAUUUCGCAGCAUUGAACUGUUAUCUGUUCUAUAAACUGCACGCAUUCAAUUCCUUGACUCCGGGCGUGGCUUUCAUGGCAACUCUGUACCAGUUCCAACAAUCGGCAACAGCAAUCACAACGUGGACAUACGUAAAUUACGUUACUCUGGUAUGGAAUCGAUUUAUUUUGAUCAGAAAACGGCAGGAGGAUUUGUCGAAGGAAAAGAAAAUGCUGCUGAAAACCGGAGUCAAAUACACGGAAAAUGUUUCGUUAUUGUCCACAUUACUGAUGAGCUACAAGGAACUAUGUUCGUGUAUCGAUGUGCUGAAUAAUCUGAGCGGAUCUAUUCUAAUAUUGAUGAUUGCACAUGAUUUCACAUUGACAACGUCGCAAGUGUAUCUCAUCAGUUGGAUCAUUAUGGACAAUUAUGGGGAAGAUAAAUUUGAAUUAGCUUUUGCAGUAUUUUUAUGGAUGUUUCCGAAUCUGGUCAAAAUGGGUCUUACCACAUUUUUUACCGAUAUUACUGUUGAUGAGGUGUGCAACAACGCAAAGGCUUGUAGCUAUACUUUGAAUAAGGGUAAUAAAAACAGUGAAGAUGAGGAUGUUCGGUGCAUGUUGGACAGUUUUGACUUAUGGUUGCUACAUCAUAAAAUCGAAUUUAGCGCCAACAAUUUUUUCAAGAUUGAUUUGAAUCUGUUGUAUGCCGUGAUAGGAGCCCUCACCAGCUAUGUUCUAAUUCUAAUUCAAUUUAAACAGCAAGAAGAAACAUUCACAGAUAAGAAUACUGGAAUUGGAUACGUUACAGCUACAGAUUACAGAGAAAAUGUGUCAAGUCUACCAACAAGGAACGAUUUAAUUAACGGUUUUCAAAAUUGA